UCAGUCAUAAUUUGUCGAUUUCGGCUUUAAUUGAACAUUUAUGAUUGUUAUUUAAAUUUCCUUGUAAUUAAUUUUUUUUUUUUCUAAUAUAAUUAAAUAAUUUUACUUAGUUUAUAAAUUAAUAUUUUUUUCUUUUUAUUAACAACUCCAUCAUGGCAGAUAAAUUAACGCUCGAUAAAGUUGCCAUGAAAGAUCGUGCAACGGCACAUCUUCGAAUAUACGUUGGGGGGCUUACGGAUGAGGCCAAUGUAGACGAACUAUACAACCAUUUUAUAGAGUAUGGCCAAAUUGACGGUAUCAUAAUAAACAGAAUAUUCGGAUUUGUACAAUUCCAACAGGAAUCAAGCGCUAAUGAUGCUAUAGCAAAAGCAAAUGGAAGUGUUUUUCAAGGCAAAAAGAUAACAGUUAGAGCAGCUCUUAGAAAUAGUGGACCAAAACCCAGGGAAACAGAAACAGUAACAAUUAAAAACGACAUUCCUCCCGCUGCACCUCUCAGUGAUAAUAAAAUGCCUGUUCCAGAAGAGGUUCCUGAAGAACAAUAUGACAAUUAUGGAAACUAUGAUCAGGGUUAUAGAGAAGAAGACUAUGAUGAUGGUUACAAGGGUUGGAACGAGCGGGACGUAUCUCGGGGAGGCUUGAGGGGGAGAGGCCGCGGUAGAGGCAGAGGGAGGGGGAGUAUAAGAGAAAACGAUGCUAGGGGGUUCAGGGACAGAUCACCACUAAGAGGUGACUGGCCCGAAAGAAACUUUGACCGAUACACACAACCUGAUUAUCCGAGAGCAUUACCAGUACCUGAAAGGAAUGACUGUGAGAUUAUUGUAGUGUCAAAAGCUUUAACAGAAUAUGCAGAGUACAUAGAAGAGCGUCUGAAGAGAUUAGGCAUAGUCGUAGACCUUUUAUUCCCCAUGGAAGAUGUGCCAAUAGGCAAAGUGCUUGGUAACAUUGCGUCACGUGGAUGUCUUUACGCAAUACUAGUUAUGCCAACGAACCUUGAACACAGAUCUCUCACGCUGACCAUAUUACAUGGACUACCGCAAGAGCACCGCAACAUGCCUAUAGAAGACGCGUUGACGUUAAUGUCGCGGAACUUCCAGGAGGUGCAGAGGGGAGGGGCGCGGGGGAGGGAGGCGGUGUACGCACUUCUGGGACAGCUGGCUGACGGACGAGCGCUUACCGUGCUGCAAUACGACAAGGUCAUCGAGUACCUCCAGGAACGCAGAGAGCAGCAAGUUAAAUUAGAAUUAGGGGAACCGACGCCAGCACCGAACAACAAAACUCAAGUUGAUUUGCAACAGAGAAUAUUAAGUAUACUCAAUGACAAGAAGACGAAAACCGAAUCACCUCCCGCCCCGUCCCCGCCUAAACCGGAACAAAAUAAACUUCUGAACGACCCGACGGUCAGAAAGGCUUUAGAUUCCAUCUUGCAGAAGUUCAUAUAAGUUAAUGAAAUUUACAUCAAAAGACCUACUAUGUAGUUCUUUAAUGUAAACUUUUUUUUUUUUAAUUUCCAGCUUUUUUGUACAUGAAUUUUAUUUAUGAAUUAAAUGUGUUAAGUAAAUAUAAUUCUUUUUAUGCAAUUUUAAAUAAAUUUGUCAAGUUCAAACCAGCCAAGUGAGAGAUAAUAAACAUGAUUGUCAUAAUAUGUAAGCGAUAAAUUUAAGUAAGAAUAGGUAAUAAAGUAAUUUCUUAAUAUA